UUCUCAGCAAUAUGUUGAGAUAAUAUUACUGGAUUGUGUAAAUCCUCUCCAUUUCCAACUCGAAGGGCUUGUUGUGAUCCAUAAACUCAAUGUCUGUAUAUGUUUUGUUUCAGCCGAAGGAUACCAGCUAAACGAGACACCCCCAGGAGAUUGAGAUGCCAGUGAGACCAUCGGGAAUUAGUGAUCUGUCGGAGCAUUUUAAACAAGUUUAUGGCAACCCACCUGUCUAUGUUUAUGAAAAUGAUCUACUAUUUCUUCACACUAUCUGACUGGACAAAUUUGAAUAAUCAGAGAUAGUAGCUUUGCACCAUCUGUUACGAUAUCUAGGCCUAAAAAUGAUCCGGAUGGCCCACAUGCUAAUAAGGAGAUCCGACCCAAUUAGUUCUAGUGGAAUUUAUCUCAUUCGAUUUCAUUCUUACUUGUGUUUUGAUUGUAAAUGUAAAAGGAAAGAAAACUCUAGAAGAAAGAUAUUUUCAUUUUCCACAAGCUUGUAUCAGACACUUUACUCUUUCCUCUAUCUGGUUUAAGGGUUCUUUAUUUUUAUCUUCUUUGCUCUAUUUUUGUUGAUUUUCGAGUUAACAUGGUAUCAAAUCCAGGUGUUUUUCUCUAUUUCAUCUUCUCUUUUGAUCGAUCCUACCCUCAAGCCAUUUUGUUGACCUUUUAUUUUUGAAGUUUGAGCUAAAAAUCCCAUUUUCAAUGGAGUUUGUUUUGGCAUUCGUCUGCAAUGGUGGAUUCUGUGUUGAUAUUGCUAUAACUUUAAUAUUGUGUUGAAAUAUUGAAAAUUUGUUGCCGUUGUUGUGCUGGUUUUUGUUACGACGUCGAAAAUUUGAUAAGCUUCGUGUUGAACAAGGCCUAGUCUUCUUCAGGUUUAGAAGAAGAACGGUAACAUCUUUCUUCACUACUCUAGGGUACCAGGUGUACUGAAUUGUUGACAUUUUUGAGUUUUUGACAUUUUUGCGUCAUCAUGAGUAAUACCACGUCCCCAUCUACCGAAGGGUUUACUCAUUUUUCUAUUGAUCAAUCCCAUCCAUUUUAUGUGCAUCCGUCUGAUAGUCCUGGUAUUCAACUCACUUUAUCGCCAUUUGAUGGAAAUGAUUUUGUUCGUUGAAGAAAAAGUAUGUUAAUUUUUCUUUCGGCUAAGAAUAAACUAGGUGUAAUUACGGUAGGAACCCUAAACCCAUACCUGUGUCUCCGUAUUAUCCAUAUUGGGAAAUAUGUAGCGAUAUGAUCAUAGCUUGGAUCACUAAUUCCUUGUCUAGGAACAUUGCUAUGAGUGUUAUUGGUUUCAAUACUGCUCAAGAUAUUUGGGAGGAUCUUACUGAACAUUUUGGACAGUCCAACGGGUCCAUAUACAUUCAAAUUCAACGAGAAUUAGCUUCCACUACUCAAGGUUCUUCAGAUAUAGCCACAUACUUUACAAAACUUAGGGGCCUUUGGGAUGAGCUAAACACUGCAUAUGUAGGCCCCACCUGUACUUGCGGUGCAUUACCCAAACAUCUUGAGGAACAAAAAUUAUUCCAAUUCCUAAGUGGAUUAAAUGAACCUUAUUCUACAUGCAAAAGUAAUAUCUUCAUGAUGAAUCCCCUACCUACCAUUAGUAAGGCUUAUUCUAUGGUCCAUCAUGAUGAAAAACAGAAGGAACAUUCUAUUCCUUCCACACUCACCACUAAUUCCAUGUUCUUCCAUGCUACCUCUUAUAGAUAUAAUGACAGCUUUAAAGCACCACCUCCAAGUGUUUCUUAUGGUUUUGGUAGAAAUAAUCCUUCCAAGAUCAACUUUGAGUCCCAAGGAAGGUCUUAUCCUCAGAAAGGGGUUCCUUAUGAUUCUCCAGGGUCUUCUCUCAAUGGUAGAACUUAUCCCCAAAGAAUUAAUUUUGAGUCCAAGUACCAAUCUACCAAUCUACAAUUCUGCAGAUAUUGCAAAAAUCCAGGUUAUGUCAUGAGCAAGUGCUACAAACUACACGGUUACCCUGCAGAUUAUCAAUUUAAUAGAGGUAAGAAGUCUGUAGCUUGUGUGCAAAGUAUGUUUGCAGCUGAUUCUCUAAAUAACAAGUCAUCCACUACUAUUUCACCUUCUCAUGGGUCACACAAUGAGCCUUACCAAUAUUUUAUAUCCUCAUUUGACCAGCAGCACCUGUCUGAACAACCAAAUACAGAAUUUUCUGGUUUUUCCAAUUUUGCUGGUAUGUUUAAUAGUGUUUUCAGUAGUCCUGUUGUAAAUUCUGUUGGUUUUCAUGCUUGUGCAAGUUCCCAACUAAGUGUAACUUCUUGGAUUUUAGAUUCAGGGGAAACCAAUCACAUGACUCAUCACAAAUAUUUACUACAUAACCUUCACCCAAUUCCUACUCCCUUUCUUAUCAUACUUCCUAAUGGAUACAAAGUUAAGGUCAUAUCCACUGGUUCUUUAUUUCUUAGGUCUGAUAUAAUGUUACAUAAUAUGGUUCUUGUUCCCCCAUUUUAAUUCAAUCUAAUUUCUAUAUCCCAACUCCUUGAUCAAUUUGACUGUUCAACACUUUUUACAUAUCCAAUUGCUUCUUACAGGGCCCUUCUCUGUAGAGGUCACUGGAAUUUAGUAAAGUUGCAAAAGGUUUGUAUUUCCUUAGUCAAGAGUGCUUAUCCUCAGAAAAAAGUAUCCUCCAUAUGUUCUGCAUUCCCAAACUCCACUUCAGAUACAUCUACAACUUCAUCCUUUCUAGUAUCUGCUUCUGAUUCUGCAACUGUUUUACCAUCUAUUUCUACUGCUGUACUUCCAUUUGAUUCUAUUAGUUCUUUUACUUUCAAUUCUCCUUGUAAUGUCUUUCCUGAUCCCUCUUGUAAAUUGCCAUCAACUAUUAAUAAAAUUGAUUUGUUUUGGCAUUAAAGACUUGGCCACUUGCCAUUUCAUAGAAUGCGCUCCAUUCCACAUUUAUCUGACAAAUUGUCUUCUAAACAGUCCUUUGUAUGUACUAUAUGUCCUAUGGCUAGACAACAGAGACUUUCCUUUCCUGAUAGUUCAAUUCACUCUUCUAAACCAUUUCAAUUGGUUCAUGUUGAUACUUGGGGACCAUAUAAUACUCCCACUUACAAUGGUUAUAGGUAUUUUAUUACCUUCGUUGAUGAUUACACUAGAGCUACUUGGACUCACCUCUUAUCUUUAAAGGACAAUGCCUUUUCCAUUCUAAAAGCAUUCACUUUCAUGGUUAAGACUCAUUUUCACAAAUCUUUAGAUACGAUAAUGCCUUUGAGUUUGGGGGCAGCCAUGAGGCUUCUAAGUUUUUUUUGCUGAAAAUGGUAUCAUACAUCAAACUUCCAUUUCUCACACUCCCCAACAAAAUGGUGUGCUGGAAAGGAAAAAUAAACACCUCCUUGAUACAUCAAAAACAUUACUUUUUCAGUCCAAAUUACCCUUGAAAUAUUGGGGAGACUGUGUCCUAACAGCCACAUACUUGAUUAACCGAUUCCCUUCUCCUUUGCUCCAUAAUAUCUCCCCUUUUGAAAAACUUCAUCAGUCUCCACCUUCAUAUGACCAUUUGAAGUCUUUUGGUUGUUUGUGUUUUGCCACUUCUCUUAAAAUUGGUAGAAAUAAGUUUCAAGCCAGGGCAAUCUCUUCUAUUUUCUUAGGCUAUCCAUUUGGCAAAAAGGGCUAUAAAAUACUAAAUCUCACCACCUUUUCUAUUUUUUAUUCUCGGGAUGUCGUAUUCCAUGAACACAUCUUUCCCUAUCAUUCUUCAACCCCUUCUUUAUUUCCACCGCCUCCUCCUACUUUCCCUGAUAUUUCAGGACCCUCAGUUUCUGGUCCUCCUUCUCUUAAUUCUGCACCUCAUUCUGCCCAUAUGCCUUCGGUUUCUAUUUCUCCUAAUGCCGCACCACCUUCAGUUGACCUUACCCCUUCAGUUGUUGCUCCUAAUUCUAUAAUUUUUACUCCUACUUUACCUUCUCGACACUAUACUAGGAAGACCCAUAAACCUUCUUAUCUAGAUGAUUAUGUCUGCUCGAUUGCCCACUAUAUGCCUUCUGAACCUAAUGAUUCAAGGAUCUCCCCUGUUGAGCUUCACCUUCAUGAACCACAAUUUUACCACCAGGUUGCUGGCCAUCCAGCUUGGCAGAAAGCCAUGGUUAAGGAAUUUCAGGCCUUGGAGACUAAUCAUACAUGGGACAUCAUCCCUCUUCCUUCUCAUAAGAAGGCCAUUCCUUGUAAGUGGGUCUAUAAGAUCAAAUAACGAUCGGAUGGAUCCAUUGAGAGGUAUAAGGCUCACUUGGUUAUUCGUGGUGACACUUAAAAGGAAGGUGUGGACUUUACUGAGAUUUUCUCUCCGGUAGUCAAGCUUACUACCGUCAAAUGCCUUCUUAUUAUUGCAGCUAAGAAAGGCUGGACAGUAUACUAGCUGGACGUUAAUAACACCUUUCUUCAUGGUGAUCUCCAAGAGGAAGUUUAUAUCAAAUUUCCACCCGGACUUGAGGUUCCUUUUUUUUCUACUGUUCCUUUAGUUUGUCGCCUUAAGAAAUCACUUUAUGGCCUCCGACAAGCCUCUCGUUAAUGUUUUUCUAAGCUGUCCACAACUCUUAUUUCUAAAGGAUAUCUCUCAAGUAAGAAUGACUAUUCAUUAUUUAUGAAGUGCACUUCCACUUCACGUGUUAUAUUAGUUGUUUACGUUGAUGACAUAGUACUGGCUGGGGAUGAUUUAGUUGAAUUGCAGUCUUUAAAACAAUUCCUUGAUGGUCAGUUCCGGAUUAAGGAUCUUGGUAAUGUUCAUUACUUCCUUGGCAUGGAGGUUUCUCAUCAUAAGCAGGGAUAUCUUGUUAGUCAACAUAAGUUCACUCUUGAUUUGCUACAUGAAUUUAAUUGUCACCAGUUUUCACCAGUUAGCACUCCCUUGGAUUGUUCUUUCAAAUUUGUUGCUGCUAUGGGUUCUCCCUUGGCUGAUCCGAGCUCUUAUAGAUGUUUGGUUGGGAAACUCAAUUUUCUGCAACACAUGAGACCUGAUAUAUCUUUCUCUGUGCAGCACUUGAGUCAAUUUUUGCAACGUCCACAGGUUUCACAUAUGUUGGCUGCUAUUCAUGUACUACGUUAUCUGAUGAAUAGUCCUGACCAGGGCAUAUUACUUUCCAAUACUUCUGGUUUUUCUUUCCUGGGUUUUUCUGAUUCAAUUAGGCUUCUUGUAAUGACACUCGAUGUUCUGUUACUGAUUUUCUUAUCACAUUGGGUGUUAGCCCUGUUUCUUGGAAAAGUAAGAAACAACCUACCAUUUCUCUGUCCUCUGCUGAAGCCGAGUAUCGAGCUCUUCAUAAGAUUGUCGCUGAAGUCGUUUGGCUUAUUCGCCUUCUUCAUGACUUUGGUGUGAUCAUUUCUACUCCAUGUCCUAUAUAUUGUGAUAGUCAGGCUGCUUUGAGUAUCGCCAAGAAUCCUGUCUUUCAUGAGUGCAUGAAGAAUAUUGAAAUUGAUUGUCAUUAUGUUUGUGAUUGUCUUCAUUAUAAUCUGAUUUCUCUUCAUUAUGUUCCUAGUGCAGAUCAAUUGGCAGACAUACUGACCAAACCCCUUUCCGGGCCUGCUCACCGUUGUUUACUUCCCAAGCUUGGAGUUUUCACACCCUCCAGCUUGAGACGGGGUGUUACGAUAUCUGGGCCUAAAAAUGAUCCGGACGGCCCACAUGCUAAUAAGGAGAUCCGGCCCAAUUAGUUCUAGUGGAAUUUAUCUCAUUCCAUUUCAUUCUUACUUGUAUUUUGAUUGUAAAUAUCUCUAGAAGAAGGGGCAAGAAAAAGAUAUUUUCAUUUUCCACAAGCUUGUAUCAGACACGUUACUCUUUCCUCUCUUUGGUUUAAGGGUUCUUCAUUUUCA